AUGGAGGCUUUUCAGGGGAUUAUUAAAUUCUUUGUUAAUCAGAAAACUGUUAUUGGCUACAGUUUCAUGGCUCUUCUUACUGUGGGAAGUGAGCGACUCUUUUCCCUUGUGGCUUUUAAGUGUCCCUGCAGUACGGAGAAUGUCACAUACGGAUUAGUUUUUCUUUUUGCUCCUGCUUGGGUGUUACUGAUCUUGGGAUUUUUUGUGAACAACAGAUCAUGGAAACUCUUUACAGGCUGCUGUGUGAAUCCCAGGAAAAUCUUCCCUCGAGGUCACAACUGCCGUUUCUUCUAUGUCCUUGGCCAGAUCAUUCUGAGUUCAUUGGUGGCUCCAAUGAUGUGGCUUUCCGUGGCUUUGCUAAAUGGGACAUUUUAUGAAUGUGCCAUGAGUGGGACAACAAGUGCAAGUCUCCUCGAAAUGAUUUGCAAGAACAAGCCUAAAGAGUGCCGGGAAGAACUUUACAAAGUAAGUUGUGGCAAAACUAGCAUGACAAGCAUGGAUGAUGAGGAACUGAAACGGUCUUUACAAGCCCAAUCUCAGAUUCUAGGGUGGUUCCUGAUUUGUACCGCAUCAUUCUUCUCUCUGCUUACCACUUGCUAUGCUCGCUGUAGAUCUAAAGUUAGCUACCUUCAGAUGAGCUUUUGGAAGACGUAUGCGCAAAAGGAGAAGGAGCAGUUGGAAAAUAAGUUCUUGGACUAUGCCAACAAACUGAGUGAGAGAAACCUGAAGAGCUUUUUCGAAAACAAGAGACCGGAUGUCUUCCCCCUGCCUACUUUCGCGGCCUGGGAAGCUGCAUCACAGCUGCAUUCGUUCCAAGAAAGCCGGCCGUUUUACAGCACGCUUCAUAAGGUGGUAGAGGAAGGGCUAGAACUUAAUCCUGAGGAUGAGGAGACCACAUUGGUCCUGGUGGGUAGUGCCCACAGCGUGUGACUUGUCCACCAUCACUACUCACUGUGUCUAGAGAACUCUGAUUUUUAGCAGCUUUCUCCUGUCAACAGCAACUUGUGUAACUCUGGGUUUUCUCACAUUUAAUAUUCUGUUAGAAGACAUUAGCUAAUGGGAAGCUCCUUUGCUCCCCAUUGCAGACAGUGUCAGGGUGUGCUCAAACUGAUGCGAAAUGAUUGGUUAAAGAUGGUGACAAAGGUGUUUUUCCAUUGGUUGAAAGUUGGAUUCAACUGCUUCAAGUUCUAAGAUUUUAAAAGUCCACACUAAGGCUCAUACAACUCUCUGUAAACAAUGACUAUGACAUCUGGAGUGGAACAGGUAACUUGUGAAUGAGCAACACAGACUGCCAGACCCAGUGGGUUUGUGGUAUGGUCAGCCUGAGGCUUGUCCUGGAUAUCUAUAGUACUGUUUUUCAAGGGCAUAUGCAAUUAUAUCAUUUAAAAUUAAUUCCCUUGGAAUCUGAAGGCUUUUGAAGAAUCCUUGAAAAUUGGAAGGAUUUGAUGUGUACAGUUCAAUUUUCAUGUCUCCACUGUGCACUGAAAGUGCAUUCCCAUAGGCAGUGCUGUAUUAUAAAUAUUUUAGGUGCUUUUACC